AUGCGCGUCUACCCCGAACGCGGGUUGCUUCAAGGGAUGGAGAGCGAGAUAUGGAAGCUGGUCUCGUACAGCGCCACACCACAGCAAUGGAAGGAAUGGCUUCGGGUGCCGCUGAAGCAUGCUGCCGCCCGAGGCAACCUGAACCGUGUCAACUCGCUGCUCGAGGCUGGUGCGGAUGGAAUUGCGGGAUGGAAAGGAGCUCAGUGGGAUGUGAACGUCUUGUCUGUGUCGAGCAAGAGGUCGGCUCUGUACACGGCGACGGUGUGCGGCCACGAAGACGCAGCCAGGCGCUUGAUUACUGCGGGAGCCGACGUGAACUUCGAUGACCCUGUGCACUGCAGCCAUGUCCUCUACGAGGCAAUCUUGGGUGGGCACACACAGCUGGGUCUUGAUAGGGUCGUGUCUACCCUCUUGCUCAGAAGGGCAUUCACGGAUGCUCUCGAAAAAAGAGGCUCGACGCCACUAAUUUACGCAUGCGAGUCUGGCCACCUAUCCGUCGUGAACACCCUUUUGACUGCUGGCGCCAAUGUCACCAUCCGCAGUAUUGGCGGCUACUCGGCGCCCGACAAAGCCGUUUUUAAUGGCCACAUUGACGUCAUUGGAACACUUCUCAGACAUGGGGCGGACGUGAACCCCUGUGGCAAUGACGGCUGGACCCCACUUCACCUUGCUGCUCAAAACGAUCGGGCCGCUGCGAUUGAUGCGUUGAUCCAGGCAGGGGCCAACACCGAGGCCGGCCUGGGUGACCGGUUGACGCCCUUGUUUUCAGCAACGGAUCGUGGCAACAUCAGCGCCAUGCGUGCUCUCCCUCGGCGCGGCGCAUCCUUGACAGCGCAAGACACGGAUGGAGGUACGCCGUUGCACUGGGCGUGCUACUGGCAGGUUAGAGGAGUGGAGGCGACCGUGGAUCUCUUGCUGCGAUGGGGGGCGGACGAAACAGCCCUGGAUAACGAUAGCAAGACUCCCGCAGAUUUGCUCGAUGAGGACGACAAUGAGAAUGAUAGAACAACAUGUUCCGAAGCCGAGAUCGAGCAGCAAGAGCUACCACCGAAGCAACCGGUGAUGCACGAGGCAAUCUUGGGUGGGCACACACAGCUGGUGAACGACCUUGUGUUGGUCGGACCGAAUCUGGACUCGCGGGAUGAAUAUGGAUGCACUCCCCUCCAUGUUGUUGCUAUCGGACUUGAUAGGGUCGUGUCUACCCUCUUGCUCCAUGAUAAGUGUACACGGAUGCUCUCGAUGAUAACGGCUUGGUGCCCCAACCUAUGCACAACCUGCCUCUGGCCACCGGUGCAUCUGUCCGUCGUGCACGCUCUUUUGACUGCCGGCGCCGAUGUCACCAUCCGCGAUAAUGGCGGCUACUCUGCGCUCGACAGCGCCGGUAGAUUUGGCCACAUUGACGUCAUUGGAGCCCUUCUUAGAUAUGGGGUGGACGUGAACGCUUGUGGCGAUGAUGGUUUUGCUCCAAUUCACGUUGCUGCUCGAAGAGACCAGGCCGGUGCGAUUAACGCACUGAUGCAGGCAGGGGCCAACAUCGAGUCCAGCGAGGGCGGUUCGUCGGCGCCCCCCCUCUUCUCUGCAACGGACCCGCGCAACCUUAAAGCCAUGAACACUCUCCUGGGGCAUGGGGCAUCCUUGACAGCGCAAGAUGUGGACGGAAACACGCCGUUGCACCUGGCGUGCUACCGGCAGGAUAGCGGCCUGGAGGCGCCCGUGGAUCUCUUGCUGCGAUGGGGGGCGGACGAAACAGCCCUGAAUAACGAUGGCAAGACUCCCGCAGAUUUGCUCGAUGAGCACGACAAUGAGAAUGAUAGAACAACAUGUUCCGAAGCCGAGAUCGAGCGGGUGCGGUUGUUGCUGGCUAGGGCUCCGGCCGACCAAGCGCGGCGUCGCCGUUGCUGGCUCGUGAUGCUGCGCUCUUUCGCUAGGACAACGAGAGCUACCACCGACGAAACUGGUGAUGCACAUGAAGGUUCCAACGAUGCUGGUGACAGGGAUGGUGGAAAGUGCAAGGGGGCAAGGAGGGAGAAUGGGGAGAGCGCUGGUGGGCGGGUACGCUCUCCGAUGAACGGUGCGGGCGAAGUGGGAGUCGAUGGUGGGGCGGGAGGUUUGGCGAGCAUUGUGAACUCUGUGGUUGGGCUGGAGCCGGAGGAGGUGUUUCGCUCGAUUGUGGGCUUCCUGUGA